CCUUCCUGCCUCCGCCAUGCAGCAGCAGCCGCAAAUGUUCACACCAGAGGAACUUUUUUGGUCACACCACCAGGCGCAGUUGGCUGCAGCUGGUUACGGCCCCCAGGUGAUCUAUAGCGACCUUUACGCGCAGCAGGCGCAACAGGUGCAGCCGGCGCAGCAGGCGCAGCACUUUAUGUUCGAACAGCGGGCGAUGCAAAGUUAUGCCGCAGACUCCCAAGAGGUGUGGCCAGAAGACCCGCACGGCGACACGGAAUGGUAUGGUGAAGGCAACACUACUUGGCGGGGCGCCAACGCUUCUGGCCGAGCCUCCGGUUCCAAAGGGCGAGGCCGUGGCCGCGGGGCCAAAGCCUGGGAACAUGAAAACUAUACCUACGAUGGCCAUGGGCAUUGGGAACAGACCGGGCAGAAUGGCAAUUGGGACAACCCCAAGGCGAAAAAGGGUCGUGACAAGAAAGGAAAAUGGAGAGGUAGCAAAGGAGCCGAAGAGGAGACAACAGCAGCUGGACCUGCACAUGCUGCAGGUUCUCCGAAGCAGCAAUCGUUUUAUGAAAAGCCGAAAGGCAAAAAGAGCGACACGCAUGGCUCCGGCGGUCGUGCUGAGAGCGACCUUGUGGCGACCACGGAAAGCAUCGUGGCCGAGGAAACUCCAGAAAAGACCAACAGGGCUUGGAGGAGUAAAAGGGUGGAAAACAAGCAGAAGGCGGAGAAGGAGAAGGAGACUGGCGAAGGUGCUGAGAAACCCAAAGCCAAGGAGAAGAGUGGAGGAUGGGGCGACGGCCUCACCCGGGAGGUGAGGAUUUCGAAGACUUUGACGCAAAUCCUCCGUCACAAAGCCGUGGAGUUGGAGGUUGGCAUCCGGCCAGAUGGAUUCUGCCCACUUCGCAAGGUUUUAGAAUGUUCUUGGCUAUCCGAGCUGGAUGUGAAACAGAGCGAUGUGGAACAGGUGGUCAAAAGAAGUGACAAGAAACGCUUCGAAUUGAAAGAGGAGGAUGGAGAGGUGAUGAUUCGUGCGGUGCAAGGGCAUUCAAUCAAGGUCAUCGAUGAUGAUCAAUUGCUUAAGAAGUUGGAUUUGACCAACUUGCCUGAGCUCUGCGUGCACGGGACGUACCGGAAGCAUUUCGAGAGCAUCAAACAAAACGGUCUAUUGGCUGGUGGCGGUCAAGGCCAGGGAUUUCGCAACCACGUGCACUUCUCUGCCUUCGCCCCUGGUGACAAACGUGUGAUCUCUGGAAUGCGCUAUGACUGCGAAGUCGCCAUCUGGAUCGACUUGAAGAAAGCCAUUGAAGACGAGGUGCCUUUCUACAUGAGCGCCAACCAGGUGAUCUUAAGCCCUGGCAUCAAUGGAGUCAUCGACAAGAAGUAUUUCACAAAAGCGCGGGACUUGCACAAGAAGGAGGAUUUGUCCUUGGAGCCUCCACUCCAAUAGGUGAGUCUCUUCGCGCAAUGAUCUAAGGGAAGAACCAUGGCGCAAACGUUGAUCGCGUGUUCUCGUAAACGUGGU